AUGUCUGACCCACGAUUUGCGCGGUUGAAGACUGACCCCCGUUUUCGACGCCCCAAGAAACACAAUUCAAAAGUUGUAGUUGACGAGCGCUUCAAAGAAAUUUUUGAUGAAGACAAGGAGGGAAAGAAGAAAUUGAAACAAAAAGGCAAAGGAAAGGACAAAACGGGUCGAGUGGAUAAAUUUGGUCGAAAAAUUUCUGAAACUCAUGAAAAGGACAACCUCAGGCGGUUUUAUCGGCUAGAACAUGAGGAAGACGAGGAGGAAGAGGAUCCAACUCCCAAAAUCCCUGACUAUGCUCGUGGUGGUGUUCUCAUGGAGUCCUCCGAAUCAGAGGCGGAGAGUGAGGAUGCAGGUGACUCUGGCGGCGAGAGCGAUGGCCCUGGAUUUGUCACAUUAGGCAGGGACCUUGAUGAAGAAGGCGAGAUCGAUCUUGAUGAGAGCGUAUUUGCCGAUCUGGACGCACAGGCUGCUGCAUAUGUGAGGACAGCCACGGAGGAUAACAGUGAAGAAGCGAUGGAGAAGACCCGAAGACUAGCUGUUGUUAAUCUUGAUUGGGACCAUGUCCGUGCGGCGCAUCUUUACAAAAUAUUCUCGUCACUUGUUUCGCCAGCCGCGCCUGCUAUCCUUCCGACACCUGUGCCAAUGCAACCCAAGGAUGAAACAUCUCUCCAGAACACGAAAAGCGCAAAGGCGACUAUCGCAAGAGGGAGGGUGCUGAGCGUCCGCGUCUAUCCAAGUGAGUUUGGGAAAGAGCGCAUCACAAGGGAGGAGAAGGAGGGACCACCUGUAGAGGUAUUCAAAAAGAAGUUAGAACAUGAAGAGGAUGUCAAUGAACGUACGAUUCACGAAACCGGAGACGGAGCGGACUACGACGAAGACGCUUUGAGAAAGUAUCAGUUGGAGAGAUUACGGUAUUAUUACGCAAUUGUUGAAUGUGAUACCACCGAAGCUGCCGUGCACAUCUACAACGAACUUGAAGGCACUGAGCUUGAGCGUUCAGCAAAUGUGUUCGAUCUCAGUUUUGUGCCCGAUGAGAUGGCAUUCGAUGAAGAAUAUCGCGAUGAAGCGACAGAUGAUCCUGGAACACGUUAUCGAGCAGUAGAGUUCGUGACAGAUGCUCUCCGUCAUUCAAAAGUCAAGCUCACGUGGGACGACGAUGAUCCGGAGCGCAAUCACAUUACUAGACGAUCGCUGUCAAAAAAAGAGAUCGAAGAAGCCGACUUUAAGGCAUAUAUCGCAUCGUCAUCUGAAUCUGAUAAUGAUAAUGAUCCAGAUUCUGUAUCGAGGAGGAGGAGCAAGAAGAACACCCAGAGAGACAAGCUUCGCACUUUACUUCUUGCCGGAGACGAUGACGAACUUCCAGAAGGGUGGGGCCGGGAUGACGAGGCAGGAAAAUAUGAUGAUAUUGACAUGGAGAUCACGUUCGCCCCUGGUCUCACUGAGGCCAAAAAUCUUGACGACGAAACGACAAUGGAGGCAUAUCAAAGAAAAAUGAGGGAGAAGCGUAAAAAAAGAAAGGAAGAGGUCAAAGUAAAAGCUACGACAGUCACGAAUAACGAAGGUGAAGGGCGGCCUGGGAAAACAGUCUCUUUCGAUGACGACUUCUUCGAGGGCAUAAGUGGCAGAGGCAGUGAAGGAGAAUCUGAGGCAGAGAAUACAUCGGGGUCGGCGAAGCGAGUGUCAAGACGGGAGGUCGACAAGCCAGUGCCACGCGAGGAGACGAGGUCAGACGUCAAAGUGGAGAAGAAGGGCAAAAAGAAAAGGGGGAAAAAGAAAGUGAUCGAUGAUGAUGAAGUCCAGGACGACUUCCUUAUCGACGUUAAAGAUGAUCGGUUCAAGGCAAUCCACGAGGAUCAUCAAUUCGCCAUCGAUCCCAGCAAUCCCCGCUUCAAAAAGACGAAAAGUAUGGUGGCACUUAUUGACGAACGAACUAAGCGCCAAAAAGGGAGUCUACCUGAAGAUGAGACAGGCGCACGACUCCCCGCGAGGGUGGAUGACACUAGCCUCAAGAAUCUCGUUGAGAGCGUUAAACGGAAAAGUGCAGCGGCUGGUCAGGGUGGAUUUGGGAAGCGGCGUAAGCUAUAA